CCCGUCACAGUAGUAGCAAGUUUGCAAUAUUACUACUCCGAACGGUAAAACCUUGUCUGUACAAUUGUACUACCUCGAUCGUGCCAGCCUUCAGCACUCAGCAGCUUCGGUUCCUUUCAUCGCUGGAAACUGGUAUCGUUUCGUUCGUUUACUUGCUGGCUUGCUGCAAGCCUGCAAAUUGCGAUGUUCCGAUCCCUUAUCUCUUCUCAUGGGCAAUUGCCAAUUGGGCAUCACUCGGAGCACACGUUGCUCCGGAUCCACGGUGAUAGCCUCAUGGGCUCAUAGCCAGCCUCCACCUGGCACCCUUGCAUUUUUCUGCCUUCCCCUCAAAAGAACCCAAGUGCUUAAAUAAUAAAUACCCAAAAGCACUGUGCACUCCAUUUCUAGCACCACUCUGCACUUCACGCUCCUUCACGAGUCCCCCGAUGCCCGAGUCACCGGCAUCUCCGGGCAAGCCCCCCUCGCAGCCGGGAUCGCCGCUCAAUGCCGCCACUCCGUUCCCAGCGUCGGCUUUGCUGCGAGGCUCCGUGCUGCUCCUCGCCUUCCUCGUCCUCCAGCUCGUGCUCUUCUGGAACAUCCUCGGCUUCCCCAGCUCCCGCUUCCUCCCGGCGCCGGGCCACAGGAACACUACCUGGCCCAACGGCGCGGUCAACGGCGGCGCGUGCGAUGACGGGCUCAUCUACGUCUACGACCUCCCGUCGGAGUUCAACCACGACCUCGUCGACGACUGCGAGAGCCUGUGGCCCUGGUACUCGUUCUGCCCGUACCUAGCCAACGGCGGCUUCGGCGAGGCGGCCGCCACGCUGCCCGUCUUCUUCAACGUCACGCGGAACGUGUCGCUGCCCAGCUGGUACAACACCGACCAGUUCCAGCUCGAGGUCAUCAUCCACCGCCGCCUCCUCUCGCACAGGUGCCGCACCACCGACCCGUCGCUGGCCACCGCGUUCUACGUCCCGUUCUACGUCGGCCUCGACGUCGGCAGCCACCUGUGGGGGGACAACUCCACCGCUGCCGACCGCGACAGGGCGGGCUUGAGGCUGCUCCGGUGGCUCAACAACCAGACGUCCUUCCAGAGGUCCGGCGGCUGGGACCACUUCAUCACGCUGGGGCGCAUCACGUGGGACUUCCGCCGGUUCGGCGACGACGGGUGGGGCACCAACUUCGUGGUCCUCCCCGGGAUAGCCAACGUGACCCGCCUCGGCAUCGAGGCCGACCGGCUGGACCCCAUGGAAGUCGCCGUCCCGUACCCGACCGGCUUCCACCCGCGCACCGCCGCCGACGUGCGCGCGUGGCAGCGGCACGUGCUGUCCCUCAGGCGCAGCAAGCUCUUCGGCUUCGCCGGCGCGCCGCGCUCCGGGUUCCGGGACGACUUCAGGGAGGUGCUGCUGGAGGAGUGCGAGGACGCCGGGAGCGAGCACUGCCGUUCCGUGGACUGCCGCGGCACGCGGUGCACCGACAACGGCGCGGCGGUGCUGGAGCUGUUCCUGGACUCGAGCUUCUGCCUGCAGCCGCGCGGGGACAGCUUCACGCGGCGCUCGCUGUUCGACUGCAUGGUGGCCGGCGCCGUGCCGGUGCUGUUCUGGCGGCGCACCGCGUACGACCAGUACCGGUGGUACCUGCCGCCGGGGCCGGCGCGCGGCGAGGCCGAGGACGACGGGGAGUGGUCCGUGUUCAUCGACCGGCAGGCGCUGCGCGUGGGCAACGUGAGCGUGCGGGACAUCCUGGAGGGCCUCAGCGAGCGGCGAGUGCGGCGGAUGCGGGAGCGCGUGGUGGAGAUGAUCCCGCGGCUGGUGUACGCGUCGUCGCCCGACGGGCUCGGCGACGGCAUGGAGGACGCCCUCGAUGUGGCGCUGCGCGGCGUGCUGGAGCGGUUCCGCCGGCGCCGGGCGAGCACUGCGCCUCAAGGCUUUUCAGCAAAGCGCCCACCAGGCCGCUCCGUGGCACUGGCACGGCGUGUCGACAACAAAUCGACGCCGGCGCCGGCGCCUCCUUCUGACGGCAAAAAUGGAUCGGCAGCGGCGGUGAAUCAGAACGCCUCAGGAACAAAGCCGAGCUCUCCUGCUUCGUCGUACGUAAAACCCGUCGUGUCCAAAGCAUCGGCUUCAACUGGAAAGAGCUUGCAAAAAUCCUGAACUCUGAAGAGUGAAGAACUUGAAGCGUGGACAUAGAAUGCUGAAGGCAUUAUUUUCUUCACUCUGCUGCAUCUGCAUCUUGGAUCGCGGAUAGCUGAACAAGCUGGCAUGGGUGCGUUGUGCGUGACUGAGCCAGGGUCAACCGUAGCAGAGAGUGAGAUCCAGGGCGGCGACAGGCGAGCUGGUUCUUCCAGUGGAACGGGGAAGGGCCGAAGGGGGGGAACCACCGCCUACUUGUUGUUUCCUGCUGCCACACUUCCGCGCUAGACGCCUUGGUGUUAAUUGCCGUUGACCAAGUGGUAGAAUCUUUACAAGAUCUAGAAGGCGGGCGACGGCCGGACUUGGCACAGAUUUUGAUGACACUUGUACUACUUAAUAUAUUUAAAAAGUUAUAAAACAUUUAAAAUUUUUAACACUAAAUUUGACUACUCGUCUUUAUUCAAAAUCUGUGACAGCCCCACCGCUGUUUACCUUUCAACUUCAACUUUUUUAAAAUGCAUCAAUGACAAAAAAUUAUAGAAUACGCUUUGGUUGGGGGGGGGGGGGGGCUGGAGCCGCGGCAGCCCCACCGCUGGCUCCGUCAUUGAAGCCUUGGUGGAGAUUUCAUCAAUGGAUCUCCCACCGGCAGCAUGAAGAGAGCUGAUGAAGAAAUCGGUGACCUGAUCGCGACUGUCCUCUAUUGGCCUGGAGAUGCUAACAUCAUCUAGAGCCAAGAAUGUGUGGAGUUAGAAAAGGAUUGGGAAUUUUUUAGACCAUCAAAUUAUCGUCUUUUUUAUUUUUUUACCAUAAGGCUCAAAAAAGAGAAAUCUUUAUUUGUUCUACUCGAUCGUCAAAACCAGACAAUUUUGACUGUUUGAUUAACUUGAAGGUUGUUUGUGUUUGGUUUGACAACGAUAUAAGGUGGGAUGAUCUCGUUUAUGUUUAUUUAGGUUUUUAUCAUCAUUUUUAUAUUUGGUUGAGAGGAAUGUGUGUACUUUAGUUUUAUUUUUGGUUGAAUGGACAAAAAUGAUUUGACA